CCCCCAAAGAGCCACAUGGCACAAAGAAGUGUAAACACGGGCUAACCAAAUUGCUGGGACUGGAUAGGUCAAAGCGUGCGAAAGACCGAACAAGCUCGCAUUUUGCGAGAUGGAAAUAGUCAACGUCGAUUAUUUGGAAUCAUAGGACUCUGGAUAUGGUUUUGGUUUGAUGGCCUGCGUCUCCCGAAGGACGAUGGUGGUUGGGAUGAAGUGCAGUUGGGUCAAUCAUCGAGAGUCGAUCAUUGACGAUUGUGUCAUUGUGGCUGCCUGAAGGUUGACGCCUGAGCCAUGUGACUUCACGUGAUGCAGUCCUGCAAGGCACACGCGUUUGACCCCUCGAAGUUAUUCAUUCCACCGCAGCUUUCACUCCCCUCCUUUCCCCUCCAUUUUCCUUGACAGAUGUAAUGUCCAUUGAAGUCAACUGGGAGACCGCCACCUCUGGACCGGAUGGUGAAGCUCUUGCAGAGCGGAUCCGCUCCUUCAUCCAUGACAAGUUCCAACAGGUGACGCUCCCACGCUUUAUUCGUUCUGUCCAAGUCCACUCGUUUGAUUUCGGCACUGUCGCCCCGGACCUGGAGAUCAAGGACUUUUGCGAGCCGUUUGAAGACUUCUAUGAGGAUAGCGAGGAUGGCGAUGCGUCCGAUGCGUCCGACAGCCGCCUGGCCGAAGAACAAGAGGCUGCGUGGGCCGACGAAUCCCGAUUUCGAGAGGAACUGCCCAUGACCAGCUCUCAGCUACGACAUCAUCAUCCCUAUGAGGAGUCUCACACAUCGGCUCUCCGGUCUCCCAUACCGUUAGGGGAACACUUGAACCCACACUUCCUGCCCCGAGCAGGCACCCCCGGGAUUCCCGGCGGAACCUCGAAUCUCGGAUACCACCUCAUGUCCCUCGGGGGUCUCUCGGGGACACAAACCCCGUUGGCCGCGGUAGCUGGGGGCUCGCCGUUUGCUAGUACCUGGUCGGACGCGGGGUUAGGACCUGGAGGGAAACUUGGUGCGGAGCGACCACGCCGCUCGGCCAUGUACCAACAUUUCGAAGCGGACCCGGACAACAGCUCUACCUCCCGACCGUCCACGGCCAACACGGUACCAUCGCUUCCCGGGAACGAUGGCGGCGACGAUGAUGACGAUGAUGACGACGACGACGACGACGACGACGAAGACCACGAUGCGACACAUCCGCUCGGCUCGCUGCCGCGCAUGCGGGAACAUCGCCCGGAGGACUUCCAGGUGCUCUGCCGCGUCAAUUAUGCAGGCGAUAUCAAGCUGUCCCUGACGGCCGAGAUUCUCCUCGACUACCCGAUGCCGAGCUUCGUGGGACUCCCGCUCAAGCUAAACGUCACGGGCGUCACUUUUGACGGGGUCGCGGUCAUUGCCUAUAUCCGGAAACGGGUGCAUCUGUGUUUUCUUUCUCCCGAGGAUGCCGACGCCCUCAUCGGCACAGACUCACAGGAUCACCUGAAUGAUGGCAGCCGCCCUCGCUCAAGCGGCGAGGGCGCCGCGCAGCCGCCGCCGCCGCCGAAACGGUUCGGCGGGCUGUUGCAGGAGAUCCGGGUCGAGAGCGAGAUCGGGCGCAAAGAGGACGGGAAACAGGUGCUCAAGAACGUCGGCAAGGUCGAACGCUUCGUCCUAGCCCAAGUGCGGCGCAUCUUUGAAGAAGAAUUCGUAUACCCUAGCUUCUGGACUUUUUUGAUCUAG